AGCUCAAUAUCUCAGCAAAAAUGGCGUCCCGACCAAUUUCCAAUUUUGAAUCCCCAAAUACUCAAAUACUGCCACAUUUCACGCUCCCCCUGGCCCCUACCCCCACCCCAACCCCCACGCCAUGCCUACAAUCAUUAGCUGUAAUCGCGGCAGAUCUUCGCUAAGCAUUUGUUUCAAUGACGAGUGAAUGAAAGAGAAUGGGAUUGAGCAGUAGCAAACACAAUGCUGACGGCCAAUUGCCUUCUUCCUCUUCUUCUUCGUCGUCGUCUGGAGCUGCCGUUCGGAGGAGUCGAUCCGGCCGAAGCAGAGUUUUGAAGUCGUCCUGUCUCCGGUCUCACUGCAAUAAUCGUGAUGAACCGCAGGUCUCUGACGGCCAGACUGAAGAAAAUGGAAAGUCUGCCUUCUGUCCAAGUGAGAAUAAAUUAGGCUCUUGUCCGGUUUCAGCUGAAUGUUACAGGACAGAUAAAGCUGAGGAGAGUAAUGAUCUGAACUGUAUAAACUCCGGCAUUCAGCUCCACGAGUGGGGUGAGCCUAGUUUCACCAAUAAUGCGUCUAGAGAAGGCAACAGUACUAGGGUUCUUUCCUCUCGGUCACUUAAUCCUCCUAGCCGGUUCCUUUCUCGCCUCAGUAUUAAUCCUGGAAACUUGAGCUUCCGUCUCACAAGAGGUAACAGUUUGGGCUCCACUAGAUCUUACCCUGCACCUCCAAUGGGUCUGACAACUUCAAAUGGCGAAGAAGAAGAAGAAUGUGCUGAUCCCUCUAGUAGUUAUGUAAAUAGAAAUGAGAGGCCACAAGGCUGUGAUUUUUUUCCUGCUUGCUUCACCAGUAGGUCUCCUGGAAGGCAAGAUGAAAAUAACGCAUCUAACUCAAAUCCUGAUUUUUCCGGAAGUUUUCAAGAUAGCCGACAGUUAAAUAAUGGUCAAGACAUCCUGAGAAAUAGAAAUAAUACAACAGUAGAUUGCAAUCCGGAUUUGUUUUCACCUUUAGAUCAUGUAAACACUGAUGAUGAUGGAACAAGGCAUGCUGCAAGACGGUUUGCUCGAGAACCUGCUGAACGGAAUGUUCGGUUUAGUAGAACAUUAAGUGUUGGUAGGCUUCGUGACAGAGUUCUUCGCAGAACUGCUGCUUCUGAUUUGGAUUUAUAUAAUUUUCAGCAAGACAGGGAAGUGAGGCUUACUCAUGAGAAUACUGGGGCACAGGGUUUAGGCCAUGCAGAACUGGAUGCAACAUCCGAUGAUAAUAACUUCAGUCAUCAGAACACUUCUGACAAUGUCCCAUCCAGUUUUCCUAACCCCUUUUAUGGUAGUCAAAAUAAUGCGUAUGGAACCCCACGAGCUGCUAGAGAGACCAGGUAUAGAGAUCUACUGGAGCAUAGAUCAAAUUUCAUGGAGCGCCGGCGAAGAAUAAGAUCACAGGUGCGUGCACUCCAGAGACUUGGAAGCCGAUUUGAAAACUUGUCUGCUCAGGAGAGGUCUUGCAUCUUAUCUGGUCAGCAUCAAGGAGGUCAUUGUACUUGCCGCGUUGCUGCUCGUGAGGCUAAUUCAAAUGAUGAUGCUAAUGCUAGGGCUAGCAUAUCAAGAAUUGUCAUGCUAGCAGAGGCUUUAUUUGAGGUUCUGGAUGAAAUUCACCAGCAAUCUGUCGUCUUGUCUCGACCUUCUGUUUCUUCAAUUGGAUCUGUUCCAGCGCCUAUUGAAGUGGUGGACUCCCUGCCUUUGAAGAUAUUUAGUAAAUUCAAAAGGAAGUCAUGUGAAGAUACUGCACAGUGUUACAUUUGUCUUGUUGAGUACGAUGAUGGAGACAGCAUGCGGAUACUACCUUGCCAUCAUGAAUUUCAUAGAGCCUGCAUCGAUAAAUGGCUCAAAGAAAUCCACAGGGUAUGCCCGCUGUGUAGACGGGACAUCUGCCGACCUGACUCGCUAACUACAGGGAGUUGUUGAUGGCAACAUCACAUGUUUUGCAAGACCAACUGAAACUUGCUCGUUUUGGCUUAUGGAGAGAGGAUCAGUUAGCUCCUUUCCACUGCUUUUGUUUGUGUGUUGUUGCUCUGUGUUGUUAGGUUUGGGUUUACAGCGUUAAAAUAGUAAUCAUUCUGCUCGGUUUGUGUAAUAGCAUCUGGCUUUUCAACAGCUCCUUAUAUUGGAAUAUCCAAAAUACAUAUUUCCCUCUC